AUGACUACUCAGAUGGAGGAGGAGGUGUCGAAGGCUAGGGACAGCGAUCGGGCAGAGAUAGAGGAACUCCGAGGACGGUAUGCAGCACUGGAGGCAGCUGCUGAUGCCAAGGAGAAGGAUGCACUGAAGAGGAUGAGGGCUAUGCAGACGAGUCAAGUAGAGACGACUGAGCAGCUGGAAGCUCGUUAUGAGAGGAAGCUAGCGGUGGGAGAGGCUCGGAUAGAGGAGCUCGAGAGACGUCGACGCAGGGAUAUUGAGGAAAGCCAAAUACAAGAAGCUGAGCAGCGCGAUCGGUCGAAGCGAGAGAAGAAAAUUCUUCGAGAGCAGUUUCAAGCUCGUCUCAGGCGAGCCACAGAGGCCCAUGAGGCCAGCCAGGAGUUGGCCGAAGAUCUCAGGAAAAAAUAUGAAACUAUGUUGGAAAUGGAGACGAAUGAGAGAGAAAUUGAAGUUAAUAGAAUCAUCUGCGAGAAGGACGAGGAAAUCAGAAAGCUCACCCAAGACGCUGAGCAACGCCUUAAAGAGAAGGAGGACCUAGCUAAGGGUAUACAGGCGAUGCAGCAAGAGAAGCUGAGGUUGGCAAACGAGUCGGCCGAGGCCUCCAGCGUUAUGGAUGCUUAUAAGAUCAAGUUGGAGGAGCAAUCGAGGAGAAUAGAAGCUUUGCAGCAGCAGAGUGGUGAGCACGUCCGAGGUCGGCGACAGAUGGAGGAAGAGGUUCGGGCCUUACGUGAGAAGGUGGAGUCGGUGACUAAAGCAAGGACAGUUGUCGAGUACCGACUGCGUGAGAUUAGCGAGUCGGUGGCCCCCAAGGACCAGGAGAUCAAACAGCUCCGGAAGAGGCUGGUUGAGACGCAACAAGAACUAGAGGGACAGGCAAGGCUGUUGAGGAAGCUCGAGGAUGAUGUCGAGCAGAAGGCUCAUCUUGCUGUUCACCAUCGACAAGAAGUGGUGAUGCUGAAUGAGGCGAUAGUGGAGGGGAAGAUAGUGCAUCAUACGGAUAUGAAGGAGUGGCCUAAGCUCUUGAAGAGGAUCUAUCACCAGCAUGUUGUCGGCGACGAGGAGACCCCAGUAAAGCGCAGUAUCACAACUCGACAAACGAAUAUGAUGAAGUCGGCACAGUCCACAUCUGACCCUCGGGAGAAUCUUGGCUCAGAGGAAGCUCAACGCCAAAUGAAGGCGUUGGAUAAGAGGUUGCACAGCCUCACUAGACAGUCUUCACGCGCUAAUGCAGCCAGCAGACGGGACCUUAGUCGUCGAGCUACUGAGAACGCAACCCUACUGAAUGAAAUCAACGGCAAUCGUGUUCGGAAUAAGAAUCUCGAGGAUAAAGUUAAACUGCUCGAAUUGGAAUUGCGGGAUCUUCGUGGGAAGUAUCAACAGGCUCAGGGAAGGAAUAGAGAGAAAACUAAUACGGAAACUUCCUUAGGUGAGAAGAAAGCAGAUCUUUCGAGUAGUAAAAAGGACCGGCGGGUCCAUAGUUUGAGGAGCCGACAGGAAAAUGAGGAGAAAGAUAAACUACGACACAUGGUUGAACAGCAGACAGACUUCAUCCGCAUGCAAAGGUUGGAAGUGAAGAUGUUGCAGGAAAAGGUAGAGUCGCUAUCGAAGAGGAAAGAAGUGGAGAGAGCGUCAUCAUGA